UCAGCCUGGCCUCCUACCCUCCAACACACAGCACAGCCAGGGCCAUGAUCCUGCCCUCCAUUCUGCUGCUUGUUGUCCACACCCUGGAAGCAAAUGUUGACUGUGGUGUGAGACCCCUGUAUGAUAGCACAACUAAAUACUCCAGGAUCAUAGGAGGGCAGGAGGCUGAGGUGGGUGAGUUUCCAUGGCAAGUGAGCAUUCAGGAAAGUAACCAUCAUUUCUGUGGCGGCUCCAUUCUCAGUGAGUGGUGGAUACUCACCGUGGCCCACUGCUUUUAUUCUCAGGAGUUUUCCCCAACAGAACUCAAAGUCAAAGUGGGAACCAAUGACUUAACUACUUCACACAUGGAACUGGAGAUCACCAGCAUAAUCCGGCACAAAAACUUUAAACGACACACCAUGGACAAUGACAUCGCCUUGUUGCUGUUGGCAGAGCCCUUAUUGUUCAAUGAGCUGACCGUGCCCAUCUGCAUGCCCCCCGAGCCUGCCCCUCCCAGCUGGCACGAAUGCUGGGUGGCAGGGUGGGGCACAACCAACUCAGCUAACAAAGAGGCCUUCUCAACGGAUCUGAUGAAGGUGCCCAUGCGUAUUAUAGAUUGGAAGGAAUGCUCACAGAUGUUUCCAAGCCUCACCACACACAUGCUGUGUGCCUCAUAUGACAAUGAGAGCUACGAUGCCUGCCAGGGCGACAGUGGGGGACCGCUUGUCUGCAACACAGAGCCUGACAGUAGGUGGUACCAGGUGGGCAUCGUCAGCUGGGGCAAGAGCUGUGGAAAAAGAGGCUUCCCAGGGAUAUAUACUGUAUUGGCAAACUAUACCCUGUGGAUUGAGAAAAUAACCCAGAUAGAGGGGAAGCCCCUGGAUCUUAUGAGUCAGAGGGUCUCUGUCAAGAAGAAAACCUUAAGGAACAAACACUCCUCCAAAUCCCCAGCCUUGAAAUGCCCCCCAAACUGGCUCCUGCCCUGCCUUCUGUCCUUUGCACUGCUUAGAGCCUUGUCCAACUGGGAAUAAAACAAUGCCGUUUCUGAUCCA